AACAACACCAUCUCAUCCAAUUUCCGAUUCCUCAUUACAUCAGAAAGCAAAAAUAACAUUUGAAUCAUGUCUACAACAUCUGUUCUGUGUUUCCUCCUCUGUUUCAUCUCACAGCAAUGUAUGUUCACCUCCGCUGCCGGUGGUAGUUGGGCACUGUUACAGGAAAACGUCGGUAUAGCUGCGAUGCACAUGCAGUUGCUUAACAACGACCGUGUCAUUAUGUUUGACCGAACUGAUUUCGGGCCGUCCAAUUUGUCUUUACCGAAUGGUAAUUGUCGGAAUGAUCCAAAUGACAGGACGUUGAAGGUGGAUUGUACCGCUCAUUCAAUUGAGUACGAUGUUCUUUCCAAUACAUUCCGUGCACUCACGGUGCAAACCGAUGUUUGGUGUUCUUCGGGUGCUGUGAUGGCCAAUGGUAGUCUCAUUCAAACGGGGGGGUUCAAUGAUGGUGAGAAGAGAAUUAGGAUUUUCACCCCCUGCAACAACAAAUGUGACUGGGUUGAAGUGCCAAAUGGAUUGGCUGCAGCAAGAUGGUAUGCCUCUGAUCAGAUCUUGCCUGAUGGUAGAAUGAUUAUCGUGGGCGGCCGAAGGCAAUUUAAUUAUGAGUUCUAUCCUAAGAAUACUGCUCCUGGUCUGUUCAGUUUGCCAUUCUUGUUGGAAACAAAUGACCGUGGGGUGGAGAACAAUCUCUACCCUUUUGUUCAUCUCAAUGUUGACGGUAACUUAUUCAUUUUUGCAAAUAAUCGAGCAAUUCUGCUAGAUUAUGUGAAGAACGUAGUGGUGAAGACGUACCCGACAAUCCCAGGAGCCGAAGCUCGGAGCUACCCCAGCUCUGGCUCCUUAGUGUUACUUCCCUUGAAGAACAUACAAGCUCCAAAUGUCCAAGCUGAAGUGUUGAUAUGCGGUGGAGGCGCAAAUGGAUCUUACACCCAAUCAUUAAGGAAAAAGUUCUUACCUGCUUUGGAUACUUGUGCUCGAAUCAUUAUAACCGACUCAAACCCGGAAUGGGUCAUAGAGACAAUGCCACUACGCAGAGUCAUGGGUGACAUGAUAUUACUACCGGAUGGUAGUGUUCUGAUCAUCAAUGGUGCUGCGUCUGGUUCUGCUGGGUGGGAACAAGGUAGGAAUCCAGUAUUGAGUCCAGUCAUCUACCGACCCAAUAACCCAAUUGGGUCACGUUUUGAGGUUCAAAACCCAACUACCAUCCCUAGAAUGUACCACUCCACUGCAGGGCUAGUUCGUGAUGGGAGGGUGUUGGUCGCUGGAAGCAAUCCCCAUGUUUAUUACAAAUUCACAGGAGUACUUUUCCCAACAGAAUUACGCUUGGAAGCAUUUUCUCCAGACUAUCUCAACGCCCAAUUUGAUAACAUUCGUCCGACUAUCGUUGCACCAGUGAAUCAAGUGAUUCUAUAUUAUAGUCAAAACCAAAAUGUACGUUUCAGUUGUACAGGGGCAGUGAUUCAGAACCAAGUAGAGGUGGUACUGGUGGCGCCGCCAUUUGUGACGCAUUCGUUCUCCCAAAACCAAAGGCUGCUUGUGCUUGGAAACAACAAGAUGACCGUAUUGAGCAACAACCUUUACAACGUGGAGGCAACCAUGCCACCAUCGCGUAUUCUUGCGCCCUCUGGAUUUUAUCUGAUGUACGUUAUUCAUCAAGGUAUACCAAGUCAAGGUAUUUGGAUCAACUUAAAACAACGUUAGUUAUUUUCUUAACAAAAUUCUGGUUUGUGUUCCUAAAUUAAUUUCUCAAAAUUAAUCUUUUUUUUUUUUUUUAAGUCUGCAUUUGUAUUGUUAAAGGACAAGAUUCUGGUGCUUUUUUUUUCUUAAUUAAUUUUCAUGAAAAUUGUAAUAUUCUCCAGCUGGGCAUUGUUCAUUUUACCAAGUUCAUAAUCAAUAAAAUUGUGGGAUUGGU